AUGAAGGGCUACCAUGGGGAGCGUAGCCAGGUACAACCCUCCUCCGGCCACCGCUGCCGCUGCAUCCCAGAGGACUGCGAGCAUCCUGCCAACUACGUCCAGCACGGCCCCGAGGGCCGGCCACUGUACCUCCUCAGUCCCAGCGAGCCGUGUUCUCUGGAGCAUCCUUACUGCCCGGUGCGGAGCCCUGGCGCGGCCAGCGAGUGCCCGGGCGGGCCCCUGAGCGAGCCGCCCUCCACCAGCGCCAGCAGCACCUUCCCAAGGAUGCACCACGCGCAGCAGCCCUACGACUCCUGUGACGAAUGCAUGGCGACCGCCCACCCUGCCAGCAAGAUCAACCGCCUGCCCCCCACGCUGCUGGACCAGUUCGAGAAGCAGCUGCCGCUGCACCACGACGGCUUCCACACGCUGCAGUACCCACGGGCCGGCGGCGCCGAGCCCCGCAGCGAGAGCCCCAGCCGCAUCCGUCACCUCGUCCACUCUGUCCAGAAGCUCUUCGCCAAGUCCCACUCCCUGGAGGCGCCGACCAAGCGGGACUACAACGGUGCCAAGAUGGACGGCCGCGGGGACGGCUACCACCACCACCACCACCACCACCAUCACCACCACCAGUCCCGCCACGGCAAGCGCAGCAAGAGCAAGGACCGCAAGGUGGACUCCCGGCACCGGUCCAAGAUGAUGGGCUGGUGGAGCUCCGACGAUAACCUGGACAGCGACAGCAGCUACAUGGUGUCCGGCCGGCACGCCACCGACCAGGGCACCCAGUACUGUGUGGACGCUCCCGAAAGUGCCUUCAGAGACUUGACCUUGAAGAGUCUAAAGGGCGGCGGGGAAGGAAAAUGCCUGGCCUGUGCCGGCAUGUCCAUGUCUCUGGACGGCCAGACGCUCAAGAGGAGCGCCUGGCACACCAUGACCGUCAGCCAGGCCCGCGAAGCCUACCCCAGCGCCGGCGGCACCGAGAAGUCCUUGAUGCUUCAGGAAGCAAAGGCCAAAGACCGAGCAUACCAGUACCUGCAGGUGCCACAGGACGAGUGGAGAGGGUACCCAGCGGUGGGCAAAGACGGGGAGAUCCCCUGCCGGCGGAUGCGCAGCGGCAGCUACAUCAAGGCCAUGGGUGAUGAGGACAGCGCCGACUCAGAUGCCAGCGCCAAAGUAUCGCCCAGGGCGGCCACGCGGCGAGACAGCUACCGCCGGUCCUCCAGCGCCGACCAGGCCAGGACCAACUGCUGCACGCCACCGCGAAUGCUCCCACGGGGACAGGGCUACGGGCGUUCCUUCACCACCGGCCAGAUCAACGAUGAGCUCAACCACCAGUUCGAGGCCGUCUGCGAGUCGGUUUUUGGCGAGGUGGAGUCGCAGGCCGUGGAGGCGCUGGACCUGCCCGGCUGCUUCCGCAUGCGGAGCCACAGCUACCUGCGGGCCAUCCAGGCGGGCUGCUCCCAGGACGAUGACUGCCUCUCGCUCUUCUCCAUGUCGGCCCCCGCCGGACCGCCCAUCACCAGCAGCAUCCUGAAGCCCAGCACUUCCUUCAGUUACAGAAAAGCUCCACCUCCCAUCCCUCCAGGAACCAAAGCCAAACCCCUCAUCUCCGUCACGGCGCAGAGCAGCACUGAGUCCACCCAUGAGAGCUACCUGCCCGGCGAGGUCGCCCGCAGCCCCGCCUGGUCCAAAGACGCCGCGGCCCGUUGCAACUCAGCCGAGAGCCUGGAGAGCUCCAAGGUGACGGCCGUGGCCCUCAACCUGCCUCCGGUCCAGCCCCGCUCUGCUCCCAAGCCCUCCACACUCAUCAUCAAGGCCAUCCCUGGCCGGGAGGAGCUGAGGAGUUUGGCUCGGCAACGGAAGUGGCGACCCUCCAUCGGCGUCCAGGUCGAGGCCAUCUCUGACUCGGACACGGAGAGCCGGAGCCAGAGGGAGUUCCACUCCAUCGGGGUGCAGGUGGAGGAGGACAAAAGGCGAGCGCGCUUCAAGCGCUCCAACAGCGUGACAGCGGGCGUGCAGGCAGACCUGGAGCUGGAGGGCUUUGCCGGCCUGGCCGUGGCCACCGAGGACAAAGCCCUGCAGUUCGGGCGCCCCUUCCAGCGGCACUCCUCGGAGCCUGAGUCUGGCCGGCAGUACGCGGUGUACAAGACGGUGCACACGCAGGGGCAGUGGGCAUACCGGGAGGACUACCAGCUGCAGUAUGACACGGUGGAGGUGCCCCGGCGGGAUGCUUGGAUGGAGCGGGGCUCCCGCAGCCUCCCCGACUCUGGCCGUGCCUCCCCCUGCCACCGCGAUGGGGAAUGGUUCAUCAAACUGCUGCAGGCAGAGGUGGAGAAGAUGGAGGGCUGGUGCCAGCAGAUGGAGAGGGAGGCUGAGGACUACGACCUGCCAGAGGAGAUCCUGGAGAAGAUCCGGAGCGCCGUGGGCAGCGCCCAGCUCCUCAUGUCCCAGAAGGUGCAGCAGUUUUACCGCCUCUGCCAGCAGAACAUGGAUCCCAACGCAUUCCCUGUGCCCACCUUCCAAGACCUGGCCGGCUUCUGGGACCUCCUGCAGCUCUCCAUUGAGGACGUCAGCAUGAAGUUCGCAGAGCUCCAGCAGCUCAAGGCCAAUGGGUGGAAGAUCGUGGAGCCCAAGGAGGAGAAGAAGGUGCCUCCCCCGAUACCAAAGAAGCCGCCGCGCUCCAAAGUGCACCCGGUGAAGGAGCGCUCCCUGGACUCGGUGGACCGGCAGCGGCAGGAGGCCCGCAAGCGGCUCCUGGCAGCCAAGCGAGCUGCCUCCUUCCGCCAGAGCUCGGCCACCGAGAGCGCAGACAGCAUCGAGAUCUACAUCCCCGAGGCGCAGACCCGGCUGUGA